AUGGUUAAAAGGGCUGCUAGCGCUGGGAUAGAUGGUGUGGAUCAUGUCAAUGGUAAAAAAGCGUCGAGAACUCACGCGGCCCACAUUAUAAACAGUCAGGAUGACUACAAACAUCUGUACAAGUCGGUUCAACCGUUGGAUAUCUUCUGCUGGGGUUCAGGGUCUAUGUGUGAACUGGGAUUGGGACCGGUUGCUAAGAAUAAAGAAGUGAAGAGGCCGAGGUUGAAUCCGUUCCUGCCACAUGAUCAAGUGAAGAUAGUUGGGUUCUCGGUUGGUGGUAUGCACACUUUGGCAUUCGAUGAGGACAGCAAUAUUUGGUCUUGGGGCUGCAAUGAUGUCGGAGCACUGGGAAGAGAUACCUCGGGAGCUGCCGAGAAACUGAAGCACGUGGAUGCCGGCGAUUCGAGUGACGACGAGGACGGUGAUUUGAAUGAGCUGGAAUCGACGCCUGCCAUGAUUGCUAGUGAGCUGUUCCCGCCUCUUGCAGAAGGUCACAAGGUCGCUCAACUGGCGGCGACCGACAAUCUGAGCUGUGUGCUGUUCACUAAUGGUGAUGUGUAUGCCUGGGGUACGUUCAGAUGCAACGAAGGCAUCCUAGGGUUCUACCGGGAUGAUAUUAAGAUCCAGCGCACACCAUGGAAGGUGCCAGAUUUCUCCAAAUUCAAGGUUGUGCAAAUGGCCGCUGGAAAGGAUCACAUCUUGUUUCUAGACGAAGAGGGCGUCGUCUUUGCAUGGGGUAAUGGUCAGCAGUACCAGUUGGGAAGAAAAGUUAUGGAAAGGUUCCGUCUAAAAACAUUAGAUCCCAGACCGCUAGGCUUGAGACACAUCAAGUACAUUUCCGCGGGCGAAAACCAUAACUUCGCUCUAAGAAAAGAUGGUAAACUGGUCAGUUGGGGGUUGAACCAAUUCGGUCAGUGCGGUGUGUCGGAAGAAAUUGAAGACGGUGCUUUGGUUAUCAAGCCGACUAAGGUCCUUUUGCCGGAGGAUGUCGCCGUGAAAAUGGUGGCCGCUGGUGAACACCACUCCCUGGUCCUUUCGCAGGAAGGUGACCUAUACAGCUUCGGCAGAUUGGAUAUGUGCGAAAUUGGCAUCUCCAAGGAUAAACUGCCUGAGUAUACUUACAAGGAUGUGCACGGAAGGGCCCGUGCUGUCCCGCUGCCAACAAAGCUGCAAGAUGUUCCGAAAUUCAAGAAUAUCGCAGCCGGCUCGCAUCACUCCGUGGCAUUAGCACAAAAUGGCAUAGCUUUUUCAUGGGGUUUUGGAGAAACUUACGCAGUCGGCUUGGGACCCUCCGGAGAUGAUAUCGAGAUACCCACGAGAAUAAAAAACACUGCCACGCAAGAACAUAAUAUCAUAUUUGUAGGUUGUGGUGGUCAGUUCUCUGUGUCAGGUGGUGUGAAAUUAUCUGAAGAAGAUGCUGAGAAGAGAGCUGAUGAAAUGGAUGACUAG